GAUUUAACGUAGUCCCCAGAUUUAAGAAAAAAUAGGUUCAUAAACAUUGGUAGGAUUGUAUAGUUAAGAGCGAGCAAAACCGAAGUUUCAUUCGUGAUAAUAGACGCGUCGCAUGCUUAUCUAACAGUUCCUGGUUAGUUCUGCAUGCAGGAUUAAAGUUAGUUCGUCAGUCUGAGAGCGGGGCACGUAUGCAACUGAGAACUUCUCGUUCUGUGCGGAGUUUGACCUUGAAUCAGAGGUGUAGACGUGUUUGGUAAUUACGAUGGAUGCUCCCCUGCUCGUAAACGGCGAUGGGGCGGCGCUGGUGGAUCAGGAUGGCGACUACGUGGCGGCGAGGGGGUUCAAGAAGGUUAAGGAGGUGUUCUGGAUCGAAAGCAAGAAGAUGUGGCUCAUUGCGCUGCCUAUUGUUUUCAACAUAUGGUGCCAAUACGGUACAAACUCUAUCACCAGCAUCUUCGUCGGACACCUCGGCGACAUUGAGCUCUCUGCUAUCUCUCUCAUCAACUCCGUCAUUGGCACUUUCGCCUUUGGUUUCAUGCUUGGGAUGGGAAGUGCAACAGAGACGCUAUGUGGACAAGCUUUCGGAGCUGGGCAGGUUAAUAUGCUUGGUGUUUAUAUGCAACGCUCAUGGGUGAUUUUAUCUGUGACCAGCAUUUUUCUGUUGCCACUAUACAUUUUUGCUGCUCCAAUUUUGAAGCUUCUUGGUCAGCAGAAAGAUAUAGCUGAUCUUGCUGGAAAUUUCGCUAUUAAAGUAAUUCCGCAAUUUCUUUCACUUGCCUUUAAUUUUCCAACGCAAAAGUUCCUUCAAGCUCAGAGUAAGGUUAACGUGAUUGCAUGGAUUGGGUUGGGAGCUUUGGUUGUGCAUGUUGGGUUGCUCUGGCUCUUAAUUCAUACGUUAGAGUUAGGCUUAACUGGUGCAGCUUUGGCAUUUGAUUUCACGAGUUGGGGGAUUACAACGGCUCAACUUGUUUAUGUCAUGGUCUGGUGUAAGGAUGGAUGGAAGGGAUUGUCAUGGUCGGCUUUUAAGGAUAUUUGGGCCUUUGUAAGGCUCUCUCUUGCAUCAGCUAUAAUGCUUUGCCUUGAAGUUUGGUAUAUGAUGAGUGUCAUAGUUCUUGCUGGUCACCUUGACAAUGCAGUGAUUGCUGUUGAUUCCCUCUCUAUAUGCAUGAAUAUCAAUGGGUGGGAAGUCAUGAUCUUCAUUGGAAUAAAUGCAGCUGUCAGUGUCAGAGUUUCCAAUGAACUUGGACUCGGACGUCCAAGAACUGCCAAGUACUCUGUCUACGUGACAAUCUUUCAGUCACUUUUCUUGGGAAUCUUUUUCAUGGCUGUUAUUUUGGUGGCUAAAGACUAUUAUGCUGUUAUUUUUACUGACAGUCUGGUUUUGCAAAAGGCCGUUUCGAAGCUAGGAUUCCUCCUGGCUAUUACAAUGGUUCUAAACAGUGUUCAACCAGUGAUUUCAGGCGUUGCUGUUGGAGGUGGGUGGCAGGCCCUGGUGGCCUACGUCAACAUAGGUUGUUACUACUUAUUUGGGCUUCCACUGGGGUUCCUUCUUGGUUAUAAAGCAAAUUUGGGGGUUGAGGGACUUUGGGGUGGUAUGAUGUGUGGAAUUCUUCUUCAGACCUUGCUACUCCUGUUGAUACUUUACAAAACCAAUUGGAAGAAAGAGGUGGAAGAAACAAAUGCUCGCAUGCAGAUAUGGGGUGGACAACAAACUGAGGUUGAUAAAAUUGCUGCUUCAGCAUGAUCUUACACAACUCUUUUGUUUUUUAUCUGUUCUUAGUAAAGUUAUGUUAUUCUGUGCGUUCUUAGUGAAAUUAUGUCAAUGGUCUCACAUAUCCAUUGGUCCAUUUUGCAAUGUGUUGUUGCUCUCUCUCAAUCAGGGGCAGAGCACAGUCUGGUUGUGGUGUGUGAUGAGAAUGGUGGAGACAAAAAUACUGUUUUUCCAAUUUAGUUUUCGGUUUUUAGUUAUUGAACAUUUCUGUGAAAAUAUAAAAGCAUCAAUAUUUUAUUUUA